AUGGCCCCUGGAUAUGAGACUGGGAAGGCACCAGAAAUAGGUGAAAUGUUUCCAUUCUACAAGCUUGGUGAGAGGGUGAGCAGCAAUGAUAUAAAUUUGCUGAAUUCGAAAAGCGCAUGCGCCUUAAGUAGUUGCUGGAGAGAAGAAAGACACCCAACCCUCAGUGCUUCCUUCAGAACAAUGGCUGAGUUCAUGGACUAUACUUCGAAUCAGUGUGGGAAAUAUUACUCAUCUAUGCCAGAGGAAGGAUGUGCCACCCAUGUCCACCGUUUCCACAGAGAGAAGUCAGAGAUGCACUUGUGUUCAGACAGAGGGAAUGGUCAUCAGAGAAAAGACACAUCCCCUGACCUUGGAAACCUCUAUCAACCAACUGAGUCUACUCUCAAGGCAUCCCAGCCCGCUGAGAACAUCUCUAAGGACCUCUACAUAGAAGUAUUUCCAGGGACCUACUCUGUGACCGUGUGUUCAAAAGGCUUAAUCCAGAAGACUCAUGUGGUGGCAGUGAAUUCAGGACAGAAUGUGGACUUGGUCUUCCCUGCAUGAUGCUGAUCUUUACAGCCAUCAUGUUUCC